AUGUCCCUCAAACGUAUCAUUGACGCGCCAACUCUUGCUGGACUACUAAAGAAGAGUAUAAUCAACAAGGAAGGUGUCAGAUUACUCGACUGCUCCUAUGCAGUUGCAACGAAACCAGACUGGAAGAAGUUUGAAAAGGAACUCUAUGGUAACUUCAGAGAAAUUCUCGCCCAACCGAGUAUUGAUGCGUUUAGCCAUGGUCGCUAUUCGUAUUUAAAAUCAGUACCUUCAUUUUUUGUAAGAAUUGCCAUGCUUGUUUUGGCUAGACUUGGUACGUCGUUCUCCGGUGCAUUCGUUCUCGACGUCUGA